UCUUCUACAGCAAUUUUAUCAGAAACGAAACUUUUCAGCGAGUUUCGUUUUCCCCGGCGCAGCACAACAUCCUGGUCAACUCAUUUAAAAGCCUACCGCUGCCUGGGAAACUGCCUUUGUAUCAACGCACUACACGAGAAAUGAUGUCUGAGACCGGUCUGGAAACUGAAGCAGCUAACGUAAGUAGCACUCUAAACCAGCACUAUGAGGAGAAGGUGCGUCCCUGCAUUGACCUGAUUGAUUCCCUGCGGUCCCUCGGGGUCGAGAAGGACCUGGCUCUGCCCGCUAUCGCUGUGAUCGGGGACCAGAGCUCCGGCAAGAGCUCCGUAUUGGAGGCCCUCUCUGGGGUGGCACUGCCCAGGGGGAGUGGUAUUGUGACAAGAUGUCCUCUGGAGUUGAAGAUGAAGAGGUUGAAAGAGGAAGAGGCGUGGCAUGCCAAAAUCAGCUACAAUGACAGAGUGGAGGAGAUUGAUGAUCCUGAUGAUGUGGAGAUGAGGAUCAGAGAAGCUCAGGACGAGAUGGCAGGAGUCGGGGUGGGGAUCAGUGAUGACCUCAUCAGCCUGGAGAUCUCUUCCCCUGGUGUCCCUGACCUCACGCUCAUAGACCUACCAGGUAUCGCCAGAGUCGCCGUCAAGGGCCAGCCUGAGAACAUUGGAGAACAGAUCAAGAGGCUGAUCAAGAAGUUCAUCAAAAAGCAGGAGACCAUCAACCUGGUGGUGGUUCCCUGCAACGUUGACAUAGCAACUACCGAGGCCUUGCAGAUGGCUCAGGAAGAGGACCCUGAGGGAGAGAGGACUCUGGGUAUCCUGACCAAGCCAGACCUGGUUGACAAGGGCACAGAAGAAACAGUGGUGGACAUUGUUCACAACGAGGUCAUCAAUUUGACCAAGGGCUACAUGAUCGUCAAGUGCCGAGGUCAGAAGGAAAUCAAGGACAAAGUGUCCUUGAAUGAGGCAACCUACAAGGAGAAGGCCUUCUUCCAAGACCACUCACAUUUCAGUGCCCUGUUUGAUGAAGGCUUUGCCACCAUCCCCAAGUUAGCAGAGAAGCUGACUUUAGAGCUGGUCCAUCACAUUGAGAAAUCUCUGCCUCGGCUAGAGCAGCAGAUUGAGGUCAAGCUGGAAGACACCCAUGCAGAGUUGGACAAGUAUGGGGGCGGACCCCCUGAGGAUCCUGCUAAGAGGAUGUACUUCCUAAUAGACAAGGUGACUGCCUUCACCCAGGACAUUACCAACCUGACGCUUGGAGAAGAACUGAGGAAUGGGAACAAGUUUAACCUCUUUUCUGACCUGAGGAGAGAGUUUGCAAAGUGGAAGGCUCAUCUUGAUCACUCUGGAGACACCUUCAACCAGAGGAUUGAGGAGCAGGUGCAUGAGUAUGAGGUUAAUUACCGUGGCAGGGAGCUUCCUGGCUUCAUCAACUACAAGACCUUUGAGAUUCUGGUGAAGGACCAGCUCAAAAAGCUGGAGGAGCCAGCUGUGAAGAAGCUGAAGGGGGUCACAGACAUUGUGAGGAAGGCGUUCUUACAGCUGGCUCAUAGCAACUUAAUGGGAUUCCCAAACCUCCUGAAAAGUGCCAAGACCAAGAUAGAAGACAUCAAGAAGGAAAAAGAGGCCAUGGCAGAGACCAUGCUGAGGACCCAGUUCAAGAUGGAGCUGAUCAUCUACACCCAGGACAGCACCUACAGCCACAACCUGGAUGACAUAAGGAUUAAGGAGCAGGACGAGCAACGUGUGGCAGUUGCAGGAAACGUGGUCUCAACACUGACAGAACAUAAAACCAGAAGCAUUGUCUACAGCACAGACAGCAAUGCCACUCUUCAGGAAAUGAUGGUCCACCUCAAAUCAUACUAUCGUAUCGCCAGCCAGCGCCUGGCUGACCAAGUCCCGCUGGUCAUCCGCUACCUGAUGCUGCAGGAGUCGGCUGCGCAGCUACAGCGGGAGAUGCUGCAGAUGCUGCAGGACAAGGAGAACGCAGAGCUGCUGCUGAAGGAGGACUACGACAUCGGGAGCAAGAGGGCUGCUCUGCAGAGCCGGCUGAAGCGCCUGACGGAGGCGCACAACUACCUGAUGAAGUUCUAAUCCCCACCCCCUCAAACACAUUCCACCAAAAUAAUUCUGCUAUUUCUCUUUUGUGGAAUUUCUGAUAUCUGGUUCUUCUCUCAUUCACACCGUAGAUUCUGGAUUACAUGCUUCAGAAUUCAGUCUUGGAGGGCCGCAGUGUGCUGGUUUUCGGUGUGGUUCAGCACUAAUGAUUUCACUAUACCCUUUGCUCUCAAGGCCUUAGCUGGCUGCUAGUGAAAAGGAACCAGACAUUCCUGCAGUCGCUGCGGCUCCCUCCAGGGCUGGAGUUGAGACUCCUGUUGUACAGUAAAUGGUUUAUAUCCUGCUUGUUCACUCCUGUUUAUUAAUUGUGUAUUAUAACGAUGUGUUCAUGGUACCAUUAUGUGUCAAUAAUAAUCCGUUGAAAUAUAGAUAGUUAUCAAGCAGGACAAUUCCUUUUGGAUUUUAGUUUUAGCUGAGGAUUGCAUGUCUGUCAUUGGUGUAUUUCUUUUUGUUGAUGUUAAAACUGAUUCUUGUGUUGGGAGUUUUUUUGAGGAAGUGGAACCAUAUGUACACCAUUGCACAUUUUACAUUCUGGAUCAAUGUGAGUUCUCUUUGAAUAGUACAACUAACACUAACUCCGUAGUUUACAGUACAGGUAUGGUUUGGUCUCUACUUUGGGUUAUGUUUUGGUUUGCUACAAGGGGAAUGACCAUCUGAAUGUUGUUCUCUCUUGGGAUUAUAUUCCUGCAGUACUUGAUGUACAACAUAUUUUCUUUUGUCUGAGACCAUGACCUUUUUCACCCUCGUACUCUGUUACAGGAAAAAUAUGCGGAACCUGUUUAACCAGUUUUGUUCAUAAGAGCCACACCCCUGUAUACACACAAUGCAUACAAUAAAAACAACGUCAACAAGAAAA